AUGGAGAUGGAUCACUCUGGUGCUUCUUCUGAUGUUCCUGGCGGUGUCGCUGAUGCGGGUGUCACGGAUAGUGCAACUUCUUCGUCCACUCCCCGCAAAUUCAGCAUUCGCAGUAACUUUGGUAAAGCCCGACAGCCAAGAAGUCGCAAGAACAGGCCCUGUGACGCGUGCCGUCGCCGUAAGACUGCUUGUGUCAUUACUUCCGAGCCCCCAUGCCUGUUCUGUAAAAGCAGAGGCUUGGUAUGCCAGUCUGUCCCUGACACCGACGCUCUCGUCCCCCGGCCACCUUCUGGGCCAGAGACGUCCAGAGGCUAUGAUGCCACAAGUCCAGGUUCGGUAUCUGCCUCCGUCUCUGCAUCUGCCAAUUCGGCCAUCUCUCCCUCGGCUGCAUCAGAGGCCACACGCCACCACAGAUCUGAAUCGGCAGCCGUUGUGCAUAACGGUUUAUCACGCUAUCCCGUCGCCGUCCCUGGAGAAGACCCUCCGGUCCAUGCCCUCAGCCUUGAUCCACCCCGUCUAGAGCCUAACCAAGAAGUUGUCUAUGCCAUUGAAGAUGUCCCCGGCAGGACAGCCCACGCAAUGGCGUUAGCCUCCGAGCAAGAUCCCUACUUUCUCGAUGCCUUUAGAUCUGUCCUGCUUAGCGAUCGUGAAGGUAUCGACGCCAACUUUGUCCAGGUUCAUCAUGGCGGUCCCGAUCAGGAUGAUUACCCGAUGCACUUCCUGCUGCUGCUGGAUGAGUUCCCCGAUCACAGGAAUGAGGCCAGACAGCAAGCUUCAGACGCCAUAGAACGCAUCGUCUGGCCCCACGGCCCGGCCCUUGUCCGUCUUUAUUUCCGCCACGUGCAUGUAGGAUUCCCCGUUAUCCACAAGACUCGCUUCCUCCGCCAGUAUGCAACGGCCAAGCUCGACAUCCCCUCGUCACUCCGGGGUGCCGUCUACGCCUUGGCCUGCGUGUUCUGGUCCCAGGAUGCAUCACUCGCUGGAAUCAAAUGUCCCUUCGCGCAGCAUGAACUGACCAACAACGCCCAAGAGUCUUUGCGGCGGGAGCUCGAGGCGCCCAACCUCUCCAGGUUGAUGUCAGCCCUGUUGCUGAUGCACAUGGUUCCCCCAGAGAUUGACAGUGUUGAGACGCCUUAUACCUGGAUCAUGGCAUGCCAGGCUACUGCGAUAGCCCAGAUGCUCGGUCUUCACCAAGACCCUGAGAAAUGGAACAUUGCACCCUGGGAGAAGAGGCUGCGCAAGAAGCUCUGGUGGGCUGUCUUUUACACGGAUUGUUGGGCGUCUGUUAGCCAUGGUAAUCCCCCGCAUAUUAGCUACGAAUCCUUUACAACGACACCCCCGGACAUGGAUGAUCUGCGAUCUGGCGAGGACAUCCCUGACGAGCUCCGCUAUAUGAUCGACCCUGAGGAUGCUAGAUUCCGCGUAUCCGACGGCGCCCGUUUUAUCGAGAUGAUCACUGUGUCUCGGGAAAUGCGAGCCAUCCUUGACUGCAGCUAUGGUGUGAGAUCUAAUAUGCAGACCCGUACUCAAUUGAUACCUAUCCGAGAUACACUCAAGGAAUGGCCGAGUCUCAUCCCGAGCUGUUUGGCCGUGAGGCCUUAUGCCCACAAUGGACCUCUCCACAUAUCCUUCUUCGCGACACAAGUGCUGCUAUUCCGAGGUCUAAUGUAUCCAGCCACAAGAGCCUCGAAAAUAACCCCCGGCUCAAACCUCCAGCGAUGGUUAUCCACCGCCCUAGGAGAGUUUGAGCUGUUCACCACGUUCAUGGCCUACAUCACCGAAGAAGAGCUUACAAGUUUCUGGGGUCGAUUUGCCCGAUCACAACUCAUCCUAUGCGGUAACUUUCUGAUAUACCUCUUCCUGCUUGCAAGCGAACCGCGAGACAUUGAAGCGGCUUAUCGGCUGUUGGAGAAGUUUCACCUGUCGUUGCAGAGGCUGGGUGCUACGGAGGAUGUAGCUGCAAGGGUGUUCCUGCGGCCUGUCAUUCUGAGGAUUGAUUCGUUCUUUAUGCAAGCUACGGAGUUGAUCAAGCAUGGAAGAACGGUGAUUCUGGAGCCACCAGUGAUGACAGUUCCCAGGGGUGAAUGA